AGCAGCACAGCGACAGCAGCAGCAGAAGCAGCAACAACAGCAGCAAUGGCCGCUUUCCGCAGAGUGGCAGCACUGGCCAGUAAGCUAAAACUCAGGACGGCGGCGAAUACCGAUCUCAUCGGUGGUCAGACGGCCACUGGAGGAAGUACACGGAAAUGUCUGGCUGUUGGGAUGUGUUUCGCAACGGGAGGCGCCGUAGCGGUUUACUUCUACAACGAUAUGUGGAGCGGUAGAGACAGGAAGAGGAUGGGGAGUCACGGAAACAACAGACUGCUGCCGUCCAUCCCGACCGUUAUUGCAAAGGAGAAGGCACGUCUGUUUGACUUUGAGGACGGAGACGUGUACAUGUCGUCCCAUGAGCAUCGCUUCCGCAUGUUCAGCUCUGUGGAGUACGAUGGGCAGCUUUACAUGACUCCUCAGAACUUCAUCGAGUCGGUCACCAUGAGCGAACCCAAAAACAAGAGGCCCUGGAGGUCCCUGGCCAAACAGGAGCUGGAGAAGAUUUUGGUAGAAACUCCCCAAGUAUGGAGAGGAUCCUCCAAACUGUUCCGCAACCUGAGAGAACGAGGCAUCAUCUCAUACACAGAGUACCUGUUCCUGCUCUGCAUCCUGACAAAGCCCCAUGCUGGCUUUAAGAUUGCUUUCAAUAUGUUUGAUGCAGACGGCAACCAGAUGGUGGACAAGAGGGAGUUCUUGGUGCUUCAGGAAAUCUUCCGGAAAAAAAAUGAGAAAAGAGGGAGGAAAGGAGAUGCGGAGAAGUCGGCCCAGCUGAGUAUGCAGCUCUAUGGAUAUCAGGUUGCCCCCAUGAACAGCGUGCUAAAAAAAGACAGUCAGGAGUUUGUGGCGCGGAGUUACUGGGACGUUCUGAGGCGAGGCGCAAGUCAAGUCCUUUUUUCUGACCUGGCAGAGCGAGCAGAUGAGAGUAUCACAAUCGACACCACCCUAUUGGUCCAUUUCUUUGGGAAGAAAGGGAAGGCAGAGCUUACAUUUGAUGACUUCUACAGGUUUAUGGAUAACCUCCAAACAGAGGUGUUGGAAAUUGAGUUUCUGACUUACUCCAAAGGAAUGACCACCAUCAGUGAAGAAGACUUCGCUAAAAUCCUGCUUCGCUUCACCAAUGUGGAGAACAUCAGCGCCUACCUAGAGAAUGUCCGCCACUGUAUACCUGACGAGAAGGGAAUCACCUUCGAUGAGUUCAGAUCGUUCUUCCAGUUUCUCAACAACCUCGAGGACUUUGCAAUUGCCAUGCAGAUGUACAAUUUUGCUUCUCGUUCUAUUGGACAAGAUGAGUUUGCACGAGCGGUGUAUGUGGCUACUGGGCUGAAGCUGACACGUCACCUCGUACACACCAUCUUCAAGAUCUUUGACGUGGAUCACGACGACCAGCUCUCCCACAAGGAGUUCAUUGGAAUAAUGAAGGACCGCCUGCACAGGGGAGCCAGGGGAUAUAAAUCAGUGGAGCGCGCCACCUCCUUUAAAUCCUGUCUGAAGAAGGAGCUUGCAGGCAGAUAAGUACCAGUAUUUACAACAUAAUGUUAUGAAAAGUUCAUGAUUUUCAAUAUUUUCAUCAUUUUUAUUUGAAAUGUAGAGUGUGAGUAUUCUUUGUUAUUCAUUAUUUGAAAGUGACAACAUCAGCCACAAUAAUACCCCUCACCUUUCCAGUUUGACUUUUAACCAUUUGACUUGAAUAUGACUUAUCAAUAGUUAAAUGGCUUCAAAACUGAUAUCUUCAACCUUUACCUAGAUUCUGUGCCUUUCCCUACUGUAAUGCAGUUUUGAGUUAAGUCAGAUAGUAACAACUUCAUUUCAGUAAAGUGUUCUGUUACAUGCUAAAUGUGUUUUUCACCUUGCUAGCGUUUUCUCUCUUUGAUACCAUGUUAAGAAAUACAUGCCAUGUCUAGAUUUCCUCACUUUAACCAUAACUUGUACUUUCAAAACUGGCACAUUCUCAAGGUCAAGCUGCGUCAAGCUGCAACAGUGAGUUCCUCAGUGUCUUCAUUUUGGAGAAUCCAGAAUGUGCGGACAGCUCAAAUGUAUCUGCAAAGUAUUUUUGGAAUUUUCGUAAACAUGUAACGUAAAUUUCCUCAAAUUAACUUUAUGAGAUACAAAAAAAAACACCACUCAGUUUUGAUGUAAAUGUGAUUUGAAUAUUAAGUUGUCACUGUAACAAUAAUAUAACACACAGUUACUUAGGAAGAACUAACUUCUGGCUCCCAGUGUGACGGUGCCUCUCUCUGCUUUGUGUUUACCAGGUGAAGGGCCGACACCACUCUUCCUUCUCCGGCUGUGUCCGCUCUGGGGCCAGAAGACAAGUGCAGCAGCUGUGGAGGAAGUACAAGGAGAAGAUGUAGAGGAGGAGGAGGAGGAGGAGAAAAGAUGAAGGAAUAAUUCUGAUAAUUGAAUAAAUCAAAUGAAUCUCUUAUAUUGCGUGGCCUGAGUCCACAACACUGUGUUAAUAAGACAGAUCUCCAUCGGACCUCAAACACAGAUAAUAACUACAAGCAUGCCUGAACCCAGUUGACCGACAUCAACACCAUUUACCUCUGGUUUUGGCCGUCAUUCCUGUUGAUCAAAUAUAAUUUAUAUUAUAUUCUAGAUUAGAUUAUGAAUUUACUUUCUGAUCACCUCAACAAGUCAGUAGAGCUGCAACCAAUGAUUAUUGAUAUUUUGGAUAAAUUUUAGAAACGUUUAGAAAAAAGCUAAGAAAACUGUUUUUUUUAUUAUUAGCUUACUGGUUCUGGAUAAUCAAUCAUUUCAAAUGAUCUUUAACAAUAUUAUAUAGAUUACCAAGCAAGUUACAACAUUUGCUAAGUUUUACCAACCCUUAAGAGGUGAGCUCUUUUAAUUACUUAUUAAAUAUAUAAUAUAUUCAUUUUCAAGUAAGAAAACACACUGCACUACAAGGUAUAACAACUGAAAAAGCACAACAUUGACAAAUAAAACACUGAAAUUGAAAAAUGAAUUCGAGCUAUAGUUCAUAUUUAUUGACUUUUCUUAUUUGUAUCUAUCUCGGUGUCUUUUUCACUUAUAUAUUAUUUGAUCACAUCCAGUAUAGUUUAUUUUAUUGUGAGAGAGAGUAUAAACACCAUUACUACAGUUAGGAUGCUAUAUUAUUCUUAUAUUACUACAGCAUGGGUUAUGUCUUUAACCUGGAUGAGACAGAACAGAACACAAAGGAUAUUUUGUAUUAUUGUGAUUGAGAUGUUAUUUGCAGUAUAUGACAUGACUGGAUCUUUAAUGGGGUGUACAUUUUUUGUUGUCUUAGUUGCAUGCAUACCAGUUUAUGUCAAAAUAUAUGACAUAGAUAUCCACAUCAGUGCCUUAUUUACAUUCCCUUUCUCAUCGGAGAAAAUAUCACAUAGCAAAUCAAACUCUGCUACUUAUUCAGCACUGUGUAGCUCUAUACAGCAACAGACUUGCCAAACAUGUGCAAUGACUACAUUAUAUGUGCUACUUGUGUUUUGUGACCCAAUCAUUAAUGUUUUAUAUACAGCACUGAUCAUGCAAUAUCAUGUGUGAAUGUUUGUGAAUUUUUUAGUGUCUUGAUGUGGAAAUCUCGAAUAUAUUUAAAAUAUAUUGAAAUGAAGGUUGUGUGCUGGAAACAUUUUUUCAUGAUGUAAAUAAUUGAAUUUGUCACCACAGUCAGUGGACCUGGUGAAUUAAUUUCCAUGCAUGAAUAAACUAUUUUAAGCCAUU